AUGGUUGCUUUGGAAGGCCAGAUUUCCAUGCUAAUGAAAAGGAGUUACGGCAUCAUGGGAAAGGAGAAGAUUCACGUGAACAUUGUCGUCAUUGGACAUGUCGACUCCGGCAAGUCCACGACUACCGGCCACUUGAUCUACAAGUGCGGUGGAAUCGACAAGAGAACAAUUGAGAAAUUCGAGAAGGAAGCUCAGGAGGUCACCAAGGCCGCCGAAAAAGCCGCCAAGAAGAAGUAG